CAGCGCUUUGUGUCAUUAUUUCCCCUGAACCGAUUUCAGUUUCAGCCCCCCUUUUCUCUGAAAGGAAAGCCAGAAAUCACGCCCUUCUUUUCUUCUUUUCUUUGUAUAUAAAUCAAGCAACUUUUUUUUUUUUUUUUUUUAUGGGAAGCAACUUUUUAUUGAAUGUACCAAAACCAAAACCAAAACCAAAACCGUACUUCCUCUUUCUCAGACCCGCCUCUAAACUCUUUACUCUUCCCAAGGACCCAAAGAGCAAUACCAAUGCAAAUGGCCACAACUAUGGAUGAUCUUCCAGAUGGGCUACAGGUGGAAAUCCUUCAUCGGCUGCCUCUGAAAUCCGCGUUUCAAUGCAAGUCAGUUAAAAAGCGUUGGUACUCUCUAAUCUCUACUUCUCAUUUUGUUAACCGCUUUGUUAGCCACUGUGAAAAAGUUGAAGUGAAUCGUCCCUUUUCCUUCAUUUACCACUACUUGCGCAAGGCACGUCUCUUCUUUGUAAGUUCCAAUGAAAUUGAAUUCAAAUGUUUCAAAUCUCUUGCUUCUAAGAAUAUGAUACAAGAACUAGUAGGUCAACACAAUGAGAGUAUUGAUUUUAGUGUCCAAGCUUCAUGUAAUGAAAUGCUCUUAUGUUGCGCGAACAAUGUGGAUGUUGGUGAUGAUGGCCUGUCUCAUCCGAUGAGCAUUUACUAUUUGAUAAAUCCAAUUACUAUGCAAUGGCUCGCUCUCCCUCCUGUCCCUCAAUGGGGAAGGCCUUUGGUUGGCUUCAUUUGCUUCUAUGACAAUGACAGGAAGCAGCUUAGCUAUAGGGUGGUGCGCAUUCUUCCAAUUAACAAUGACAAAAUGGAAAUCAAGGUAGAUAUGUUUUCAUCAGACAGUGGUGAAUGGAACAAGUCAUUGGAGGUGUGUCCGCAAGUAUUUGACUGGAAUUUGUUUGCCUUAGCUGGUGUUGCUUAUGAUGGUUUGCUUUUCUGGUAUGGGAAGACUGCUCAUAAUAAACAACUUGUUGGGUGUGAUCCAUAUAAUUUUCGUUUCUUUGAGCUGCCCAUACAAAUGGAACACCCAAUUAAAUGCCUUGGAGUGUGUCGCGGGUCCUUAAGGAUAUGUGAGAUGCCAUCGAAUGAGCAUUCCUUUUUUCGCAUUUGGGAGCUCAAAGAUUUUGUUAAAGAAGGAAAAAAAGGAGGCACAUGGUGCUUGGAACACGAGGUGUAUUUCGACCAAAUUACUCUCAAAAAAUCUACUUGCCUUGCACAAUAUUUAGGCGAGGGAUUUCAUGUUGAGGCAGUGUUAGCUUUUCAUCCAAAUGAUGGAGAUAUUUUGUAUUUAUUGAUUAAAACAAAGUUCGUUGUAUUAUGCAACAUGCGGGAAAAAACGCUACAAGUGAUAUAUGAUGUUCCAGUCCCCAGUAAUGUUGACAAGGAGUUUAAAGUUCUCACAUCUGUGCUCCCAUGGUGGCCAACUCUCAUUCCUUCUCCUAUGCAGGAUGCCGCUUAACUACUGUGUGCUGCAUGCUUUGCUUGUGCUUUUGAGUUUUUAACCAUGGUAUUAUGUGAUAAUUUUAUAUCUUGUAGUUUAAAACUUUAAUCUAGUACUAGUAAUGGUUAUAUUCA